GCUGUGUUUCUGUGCCAGUGUGACAGCCAUGUCCAGCACCUUUGACAUCAUGAGGGAGGCCGCUCUCAGCCUGGACAGUCCUCUGCCCUGUCACAACUACAACUGUGACUGCGCCUACAAGCACCAGCGGGGCUGCUGCUGCGUGGCGAACCAGGUGAACGCUCUUGAAGAGGCCACCUUUGUGAGGAUGGUCGGGCUGUGGGAGCAGCUUUCCAGACUGCAGGAUGAUGUAGCGGAGCUUACAGAUAACACUCAGAUAGCCUUCACAGCUGUCAUGGCUCCCAUGCUCCAAGAUAACUGCUUUGGUCCCUUCACUACGAAUGUCACCAUUCCCUAUACCUCCAUCAUCCUCAAUCAAGGCUAUGGUUAUAACCCUACUCUGGGUAUCUUCACUGCUCCCCGCUCCGGUAUCUACGUCUUCUCCUUCACUGCCUACUCCAAUGUGGGGGACCCCGAAGGGCGCCUCUACCAUAAGGUCCAGCUGAUGAAGAACGGCCAGGUGGUGGCAUCGAUGUGGGAGGACAACCGGGAGGACAUGGAGGACAGUGGUACUCAGGUGGUGUUGGUGGCUCUACGGCGAGGUGGCCAGGCAUACAUGCAGCUGUUGUCUGGCAGGAACCUUUGUGGGGACACCAGAGGGGACAACAUCUUCUCCGGACACUUCCUUUACCCCUAUGAAGAAGAGUAGCAGAGGAACAGAAGAAGAGAGAGAAGCUCUUCAAGUUUAUGACCUCGAGUCCAUAAAUGAGUCAGUUUUAUUUCAACUGCCCAGCUGGGACUGCGGGGCUCAUGGAAACAUACUAGUACUCUGUGUGACGAUGGCGCUUCGGACGCUGGUUCAUAAAGCUUUUCUGUUGUCAAGACCCCAGGUCUUUAGGAGCCCAUGUUUUCAAGCAAAAUAUGUUAUGACGUAACGCACACAUGUACACAAGCACACUAAAACACUCGAAAACACACAUAAUGUACAUAUUGAGGAAACACAAAAGCAUGCAAAUACACAUCAAAGCAAACUACACAAGUGCAAUAGUGAAACCACGCCUCAACAACUUGCAUUUUGCACAUGAAAAAAGUGUAAAAUUGUGAGGGGAUUUAAUUUGAGCAAAAUAAAAGUGGCUUUUAA